AUAGACAUUAAAUAUCUAAAAUAUAUGUGUUACAAAAAAAAAUCUAAAAUAUAUUUAUAUAGGGAAGUAUAGAAAUCUAUUUCGGAUAUAUUCGGGUACCCGAAAUAUUUUGGUUCGGGUCUCUUUAAGAGAGCUUCACGCUUAUCAUUAUAGACAUUGUUCCUUUUCUAUUCAUGUCAGCAUUUCGUCGGGUUUGGUUCCAGUUCUUUAAAUACCAAAAUUUUGAACCCGUUCGGAUAUUUAAUCAAUUUUGGUUCGGGUUUUGUACUAUUAUUUCGGAUCGGGUUCGGUUUGGUUCUUCGGAUUCAGAUUUUUUGUCCAGCCCUAGUCACCGGUUAGAACCCAAAAAGGAAAUAAAAGAAAAGGAAGGGAAAAAUAACGUGGUUGCUAAGCCUAAAAGCAACAUGAAUGUUAGAUAAUAUUCGAUUGUCAAAUGUGAUUACUAAAAACGGUGGGAGUGAUUUGUUUAGUAAAACCUAUAUUGCCUUUUACAAUCCAAAUGUUUUGAAAAUAUUUUAUUUUGGUCAAAAGUGUUUUCAGUAAUCUUUUUUUCUAACAUCUGCUUUUAGUAAUCUAAUUAAUAAUUUGAACAUCAGAAUUAAAAACGAAUUUAUAAGAUUUAGUAUAUAUAUGUUUAAUCACAAAAAUGUAACAUGACUAUUAAAUGAUAAAUUAAAUUGUGGGCGGUUAAAUUCUUAAUUCAAAUUCAGUUAAAAGAUAAAAACUAGAGAACCAUAAUUUGUUUGCUAAACCUCCUAUAUCACAUAUACACACCGAGAGUCUUUUUUGGAAAUCUAACUAAUGAGUUGGAACAUUAAAUGUAGAAUUAAAACUCACAAGAUGUAAUAUACAUUUAAUGUUAAAAAUACUUUGACCAUAAAAUACUACACUUUGUAAAAAUACUACACUUUUACCUUUUAAGUAAAAGGAAUAAACAUAAAACAUAAUUUGGUUGCCAAACCUAAAGAACACAUAAAAAAAAACAAGUGUGUUUUAGGAAUCUAAUUAAUUGGACCCUGACUAAACAUGAAAACAUUUGUUAUUUAUGUCUGGUAAUUUCAUGAGAUUAAACGCAAGAAAAAUAAAAUAAAAUACAAAGAGAGAAAGAUGGCAAUGGGGAAAAACAAGAAGCCGAUUUACGAGAGCCGUGCCGCGUACAUGGACAGGGCCAACGGAGCUGGAUUCAAGGCCAAGGCUCUGAUACUCUGUGGCACUACUCCAUUCUCUCGGGGUCUGAAUAGCCUCCGUCAUCAGCCACUGGCUCAGGUUAGCAAAACUCAGCCCAUCAGCCGAAAUGGCGAUGGUAUUACCCCUUUACUUUAUGGUUACCCUGCGGCUUUGACUAGGAACAACGCCCUGAGCACCUCAACAUUUGAAACAUCACCACCUUCGCCACCGUCGCUAGAAGAAGAGUCGAUGAAAGCUCCGGUGGCUGCCUUUGAGAACCGUAUGACCCAAGACGAUUCGAACAUGGAAGAUUUCUCGGCAUGGUCUCCCUUCGAUGAACCGUUCAUAACUAUUGACGAGGAGCAACAACCGGAGAACGUUCCACCACAAGUUCCGGUGAGUUCAUCGUACGAUAUUCUAGACUGCCCUAAUGCUCUGAACGAUUCGGCACAAUUUCCGAGAACUUUACUUUCGGAUAAUCUAAACUGGCCCAACUUUUCGCAUUGUUUACGAUCGGAGCAAACUCCACUGCCACAGCCGACGACUUCACCUUCGGAAAGUCUGAUUAGGACCGGUUCUGCACAUGGUUUACGAUCAGGAAACAUCCCAGCAACGCGAAGUCUUUAUCCGAAUGCAUAUGGACCUGUUCCGGCGACAUUACCAUCUUGGAAUCCAUACUGGCCCAGUUAUCCGAAUGGUCAAGGAUCUGAUACCACCAGUUCCGGGGUAUUUGCCCUCCGAGAGUCUAUUUAGCUGGUCUAAUUCUCACAACAUUCCACCCCUUGUUCCUGCGGCUUUACCUUGCGGUAGCCGGUAGU